ACGGUCAGGACCAACUUAUUAUAGCACUUUCGACGCCACGACCACCAACACCGAUACGACGCGUUCCACACUGGGUCGUCGUCGUUGAACAUGGCGGACGCCACGUUCAAGGACAUCCCGGAGCUCUUUGAGGUCGACCUUGGUGAAUCAAUAACUGCGCGUACCGAGAGUCUAUCUACGUUUCGUGAACUGGGACCUCCGGAUCUGUGUCACGUCGUGAAAAGUACGGGGAAAGCAGGCCAGCGGGAUCUUGGGUCAUAUCACUUUGUUUCUGGGGUUGAUGCGUCGUCAUCCGCAUCCCUCGCCGCAUACAUCAAUUCCCUCACGUAUGCUAUCGAAGAUACCAGCGGCUGGCUCUCGAAAGGUCCUACUUGGAAGCUGCGCAAUGGCUGCUACUGCUGCUUUAAUUCCUUCUCUCGGGUUGACAUACGCGUGGACGUCAAGAUUCCAGGAGGGGUGCACACAUAUGUGGUUGACCUGCGCGGCGAGAGACACGAAGCUACCCCUGAGAUAUGGCAAGAAACCUACCUGUCCGCCCUCCUCCGGGCCAUUCUCUAUUCCGACGACCCCACUUACUACCUCGAUGCCUACCGCAAACUGGACCCUAUCACGACGCCCGAGGGGGAACUCCGAUUCCUACAAGCUGCUGAGCAGCUGUUCUUGAAAGGCUGGCAAGUCGGCUCGGACCCGGAGAUCCAAGUUGCCACCGUGGUUUCGAAUCAUCUCACAGCAGGAAUCCUCAAGUAUUUUGGUGAUAGUAACCGGUGGCAACAGGCUGCGAACCUCUUUGAGAAACUAACUGCUAAAGAGCCCGAAGUAGCUUCACUGCUAGCGAGGAGUUAUAUCGGCAUGAACGAGGAGGUGAAGGCCGUGCAGAUCAUGUCGGCAGCCAUGAAAGCGACGCCACAGUCGUAUACAUUGCUUCACGUACAAUGCGAUUUCCUCCGGUCAAAGGGCAAGCUUGAGUGGGCGCUACAACUCGCAAAGCAGGCCGUUAACUGUGCUCCGAGUGAAUUCGUUACAUGGGAGAAGCUGACGGAGCUGUACAUCGAUCUUGGGCAGUAUGAGUCUGCACUGCUCACUCUCAAUUCGUGUCCGAUGUUUACUUACAACGGACGCGAUGCGCACCGUCCAUUGACCCCUGCUCGAGUCCACCUACCGUCCAAACGCCCCAUAACCGACAUCCUCCCGGAACGACAGAAGACCGAGGACGACGAAGCGGACCCAGCCCUGCAGCGUCUGCCCUCGCCCGGCUUACGUGGAACCUGGGCCCGAGCCUACGCUCUCCUCUGCCGCCUCGUCUCCCGCAUCGGGUGGGACGAGUUGCUCAAGACGCGGAGCUCCGUCUUCGUGAUGGAGGAGGAGUACCGCAUGCAAAAGGCGCAAGCCGAGCACGCGCACGUGAACGGCGGCGACGCGCCCGAGGGCUCGAACAGGGGCGCGGACGAUGACGCUUCAACAAGAGGCGUUGUGUCGCAAAGCCAGAAGGGAUCGGUUGCGGCGCCGGCGAUCCCGACUAUACGUAUCUCCACGGAGUCGGACCGUGCAAGGGAAGAGGAGGAAAGUGAGGAAGGGAAGGAGGAGGAUGUGGCAAGUGACGUUCUGGAGAAGCCGAUGCAAGCAGCUGGUGAUGACCAGGAGGGCGGAGGUGCUCAGAGCGGUGCAACGCAGCAGAGUGACUUCUCGUUCAGUAAUAAGCGACUCUGUGAGCGCUGGCUGGACAAUCUGUUCAUGGUGCUAUACGAGGAUCUAAGAGUGUGGACGAUCUUCCGCGCUGAGGUGGCCCACUUCAAGACCCAACAUGUUGCAUACAGAAAAACGGCCCUGGAGUGGGAGAUCCUGGGUGACUUGGGGCUGCGACUGCAUCACAAGGAGGAGGCGAAAGAAGCUUAUCAACGGUGCCUGGAAAGCCAGCGAUUCUCCUAUAAACCAUGGUCAAAACUGCUGGAUAUGUACGCAGACGAAGGGGAUCUGCAGCGCUCGCUACAGAUGGCUAUUCGAGUUGCUGCGUAUCAAUACGCGGAAUAUGCGGAAAUGACGUACCCUACGCAGGUCGCACGCUGUUUCUUCAAGUUAUACCCGAUCCAUGGCCAUGCUAAGCUUGCAUACACAAUGCUCAGCAUGGGUCUGCCGGAGCCGAUCCAGAAAAUCAUGGACAGCUAUCUGAAUUACGGGCGAGUCUUUAAGGUAGAAGGAUAUGACUUCUGAGUUCUGUGUCCGCUAUAUACUAUUCUCUGCUAUGGGCCCGAGUGGGUUCUGGUUGCGUCGGUGUUAUUCUUGCCACUGCGUCCGUAAUUACGUAAAUUAUAUGGGAU